CGGAUUUAUUUAGGAUCCAAUAUACAAUCUCGAACUUCAACUAUUCCACUCGUGGCCGUGAUAAUGUGCGCAAUGAUUGCGAAACGUCGUCAAAUUUUUAAUGGCUACCUACACGAUCGUACAGAUAAUUAUUCUCUCAAGGUUUACGUUCAAACGAGAUUCGGCGAUUUGAGAUUUUCUUUUUAAAUAGGCUAAUGAAGAUAUUCGAUUAAAACUUUGCGAAUUCGUUUAGCAUUCUUUGGACCAUGCGCGAGAAUUUCAUUUUGCACGGAUCUCGGCUCGGUCCGAAGUUACAGCGAUUUUUCAGAUGCACCCGAGAAAGUAUUACACGACGGGCAUAGAAGCGGUGAUUGUUGUUUCAUUGAGCAAGAAGUUCCAAAAGAUCUUUUACCUGCAUGCUUCCGACCGUACUGUUCUCCUUGGUGAAUUUGUCUUAACUAACAUUUCCGAUCGUCCAGACGAUUAGGCUUUAAAUUAAUAUAAAAUCAUUUUUAUAUAAGUGGAAACAAAUGAAUGGAAUCACACAUUUGGAAAUAUAUUUUAAAAUAUCCUGAAAGGUAACAAAUUAUUAGAUAAAACACAAUAACUAAGUAAGACGGUAUAGUUUAAACUAUAUUGAAUCGAAAUUAAAUGAACAACUGAUAGAAAAAUUACUCUGUCAGAUAAGAUUUCUUGUCUUCGUAGCGAAGGAAGUGGUUACAUCGAAGAUCCUGCAAACAGUGCCGUCUCAAAUAAUAUCGUAAAUCUUAACGAAGCAUUUCAGUGACAAACGGUGCCAACAACAGGAACCACAAUGUAUCAUUCUCAUUCACGACAACAAUACAGUUCGCAUUAGAACGUACAGCAGUAACAAUAGAACAGCUGUUGCAUCGAUGUUCGCUCACCAACCGCGCACGCAUCUUGCUGAACCUUUAUUCGUCCUAGGUGAAACGCUGGGUCACAAACGACCCAGAGGCCCGCACGAACGUCCGUCCAACUUUUUCACAAGGACGAGGCUCGAUUUUCCGAGGCUAAGAGCAGCGGCUUUCCCGUCGGAAGAAGAACGGGAACCAGAAACAGCGUUCGAUCAUCCCGUUGCCCCAUCGACAUGUUAGACCAUCGAACAAAAACGGUUUCCAACAUACUCCGUCGCGGCAAUUGACGAUCAUUCUCGAUCACGGUCGCGAUCUGACCGAAGAAAGAAUGCGAUGCGGAAGGCCAAAGACGAUCGGAUCAAGAUCACGACGCAUCAUUUCCGGAUCAGCAUUGAAGAGGAGGAAGAGGACGAAGAGAACAAGAAGAAACAACCAGCCGGAGAAUUGGUUGAAGUGUCGUCGCCGACCUUGACGGGCAGGAGGGUAUCGAUCAAGAUCGAAGCUGAGCCAGGAACGUCUCUAAUUGUUGAUCCCGAGAGUCUCGAUCAUCCCGAAGCAGAUCAAUUGAUCAGAGACCGAGACCAGCCGCAGAGUGAUCCUCUAAAGAUCUUGGAAAUCGAGAGGAUACUCGGAGACGAGGAUGAUGGAUCCGAUGGGAGACCAAGAAUUGAAGAGUCUGCAGGAUCUGGGGGCUUCGAGGAUCCAAGAGACAAGGAGAUCGCAGAGAUCAAAGGCGCAAAUGAGCCGAGGGAGCUCGAGAGACCGGGUUGCCAAGAGAAAGAGAGGGAACCUUUGGCUGCCAUCUCCGACCCGACGACUGAUCGUGUCUCGGACGCUGGAAUCGGGGACUCUGCAGCGUUGAUGACGAUCGUGGACCGGAAUUUGGCCGGGUUCCACGCGGGUAGCCUCGUCGAUCUUUCUUCCUCAAGGAAAUCCACGGUCGCCGCGACCUUGUACCAAAAUGCUGAUUCGCAGAAGAGACUCAUUCGCGGGCCAAGCUCGGCUCCGCAUCAUCCUGCCAGGCUGUCCGACUGUACCGCGAUCAUGCUCAGACAUGAGGAACAGUUCUCUAGGUUCAUCGAGGCACCCGGAUCGAGCCUGAUCGACGCGAAUGAAUCGAGGAAGACGCAGACUCGCGUUGAAGCGGAGUCAUUGUCAGGGUCUGAACGUUUAGCUGGCUCUGGAGAUGAUGCUGGCGAAGUUCCAAUCAAGGACGAGGCGAAAGAACAGCUCUGGACGGAGGCGUGGGAGCAGAAAGUAUCACGGAAUCCUUUGGAGCUGGAGUCUCCAGGGUCGAGAACGUUUGAACAAGUGGUUGGCAAUGGAGAUGGUAGAAAUAGCCCAGCAAAAGACCAUCCGAGCUUGGAAUCCUCUAGUUCGAUGGAGAAACGCGUUCCUGAAGCUGGAUACUCUUCGGUGGAUGCUGAAGACAGCACUAGAAGGAUGUCUCUGAGUGAUCGGCUGAGAUCUUGGAAUCACAUGGAGAGAAGAGGCUCUCAGAAAAGCGUUGCUUCGACUAGAUCCUUCAAGUCCUCCGAGUCCCCAGGAUUGUCCGGAGUUACUAGAAGCGUUUCGUUCGAAGAUCAGCUAAGAUCGAAACCCUGGACACCUAUAAAACGAAGAGAAUCUCAGCGAAGCAGCGCGUCGUCUAGAUCCUACAAAGACAAGUCCUCGGAAUCCUCAGAAUCGGUCGAAUACCCAAUCGGCGCCGAAGUUCCUGUUAGAAGAUUUUCGGUAGACCAUCGGCAAAAAUCCUGGAGUCUCGCGGAACGAAGGGAAUCGCAGCGAAGCGUCUAUUCGGCAAUGUCCUCCAAAGAGAAGCCUCCAGAACCAUUGGAAUGGGCAGCCAGCAGCGAAGAGAGCGCUAAAAAUGUUCCCUACGUUCUAACAAACAUAAACGAAGUUCAGAAAGGAGCUUACGCGUCCUCGGCUUCUUGGAGCCAGGUGUCCAGCCCCGCAGUGAUCGGCGCACUGCAGUUAGAAAAAUCGAUCCUGUUAGCUUCCCAGAAGAGCGCGUCCAUCCAAGCCAGCCCACUAUUGAUCAGAAGAUGUCUCAAGGUUGAAGCAACAGGCAGGUCGAACUCUUCGUUGAAAAUCCAAGACUCGGAAGAGGUCGACGAGGUGUAUCUGAAAAGAAGAUUGACCUUGCCGGCGAUGAGUUUCGGCAAACACACCGCAACCGUCCAAACUGGCCCCCUGUCAAUCAGAAGGAGCCUGAAAGCCGAAGCUGCGCCCAGUUUAGGCAGCCCAGUCCUGAAAAGAGAAGACACGGAAGAAGCUAACCCACUGAAAAGAAGAUUAACCAUGCCGAUGGUUGGGUCGAACAAGGACAGCGCAACGAUCCGAAUUAGCCCCCUGCUGAUUAGAAGAUGGCUCAAAGCAGAAACUGCUGCUGCAAACAAUUCAGCGACGAACAAUUCUGCUGCAAACAAUGCCGCAACAACAAUGACUGAGAACCAAAAAGACGCAAGUGAAACGACAGAAGGUGUCCAGGUAUCGUCGAAAAGAAGACUGACCAUGCCGAUGGUGUACAGUCAGGAUUCACCGAAGACUCCCACCCACGUGGACGCUUUAUCAGGAACCAGCGUGAACCCGAUUAGGCGAUCGAGCAUCGCGAGUGCCGCGAUCUGCUCGAGCCUCGUUCCCAGCCUGGUAGGCGCCUUCCCAGGUAUCCCCAACUGUUUGUUACCAAAUGCCGAGGACAACGGCUCGUUACCAGUUCCGGCAACGUCCGAGACAUCAGGUAGAAGCGGACUCAGGCUGAAACUGCCGUUCCUGCGACUUCAUAUCCCGGAUCAGCAGCCGGCCACCACCUGGCAGGACCAUGACGAUCCAGAGUCCCAUCAGCAUCACCACCAUCAUCAUCAUCACCACGUUUUCCCCUAUUUCCACGUGCCCACGAUCACGUUCACCGCCCAGGCCGAUGGCGAGUCCGGGCGCAAGUUCAACUUCGGCAUUCGAAGACACUCGCAGACGACCUUGCACCGGACUGACUCGAUGAUAUCGCUCUGUUACCGAUCUCUCGCCAGCUAUAUCACGGAUGAUAAUCUCGCGGGACUACAGAACUUCCUCGAGAACAAACGGGUGCAGAUCGACGAUCGUGACGAGAAUGGUAGCACAGCCCUCAUCCUUGCAGCGAGUAAGGGGAAGAUACACUUUGUGCGGGAGCUCGUCAAUCAUGGUGCAGACGUCAACGCCGAAGAUGGGGAUAAUUGGACAGCGCUGCUCUGCGCUGCUAAAGAGGGUCACACCGAUGUCUGCCUUGAGUUACUCGAGCAUGGAGCCGACUUGGAGCACAGGGACAUGGGAGGGUGGACAGCGCUCAUGUGGGCGACGUACAAGGGUAGGUCGCCGACGGUGACGACGCUGCUAGCCCGAGGAGCUGACGUCAAUGCACAUGGAAAUUUUCAUAUAUCAUCCUUGUUAUGGGCCGCGGGCAGAGGUUACCCUGACAUUGUUAAAGAUCUCAUCGCUCAUGGUGCUAAAGUUAAUGUUGGCGAUAAGUAUGGUACUACAGCGUUGGUCUGGGCGUCGCGUAAAGGAAAUGUAGAAAUUGUAGAUACUCUGUUGAAAUCUGGUGCUAAUGUCGACACUGCUGGCAUGUACUCAUGGACUGCUCUUCUCGUUGCAACUCUUGGUAAUCACGUGGACGUGGUGCUGCUUCUUUUGGAGCACAAGCCGAACGUGAACGCCUUGGACAAGGACGGUUGCACUGCACUGGCAAUAGCAUGUCGGGAAGGACACCAUGAAAUAUCGAAUGCGCUACUGAAUGCCGGUGCUUAUGUGAAUAUCCAGGACAGAGCCGGAGACACGAACUUGAUUCACGCUGUGAAGGGCGGUCACAGAGGAGUGGUUGAAUCUCUUUUAAAGAAAUACGCGGACGUGGACAUCGCUGGAAAGGAUAAGAAAACCGCCACUUACAUAGCAGUAGAAAAAGGCAAUAUACCGAUAUUAAAAUUGUUACUAAACGCUAACCCAGACUUGGAGAUCGCGACGAAAGACGGCGACACGCCAUUACUGCGGGCAGUUAGAUCGCGGAACGCUGAAAUCGUGCAAUUACUGCUGGACAAGAAAGCCAAGGUCUCAGCUACCGAUAAAAAAGGCGACACGGUGCUUCAUAUAGCCAUGCGAGCAAGAUCGAAAGCUAUCGUCGAGAUAUUACUGAGAAAUCCGAAAAACAGUCAGCUAUUGUACCGUCCGAACAGACAAGGGGAGACGCCGUACAACAUUGAUAUUAAUCACCCCAAGACGAUCCUCGGGCAAAUAUUUGGUGCACGACGUCUGAAUACUAACGAAGACAAUGAAAAUAUGCUUGGCUAUGAUCUGUACAGCAGUGCGUUGGCAGACAUUCUUAGUGAACCGUCUCUUUCAACUCCCAUUACCGUCGGCCUUUAUGCGAAAUGGGGUUCUGGAAAAUCUUUUUUAUUGAACAAGUUGAGAGAGGAGAUGAAGAAUUUCGCUCGUCAAUGGAUAGAUCCCGUAUUUCAGUUCUCUUUCUUGCUUUUCGUGGUGGUGUCUCACAUGUCUUUAUUAGUGGGCGUCACUAUAGGUCUUGCCCUACAAUCAUGGAUAACUGGUCUUUCCUGUGGUCUAGGUCUUAUCGUCAUUACGUACGCGUUUUUGAUACUUAUCUGGUAUGCUAACAAGAGAUACGAUUGGUACUGGCCAUACAAUUUCACGGUAGCUCUUACUACAAAGUUGAACUCGUUAAAAUUAUUAUUGCAAGUGAUUUUCUGUCAUCCCCCUGGUGGUCAAGUUAACGAUGGCGUUAAUGCGCAGCCAAUCAAAUUUUAUUUCACCGAUCAGACUCGAGUAGGCACAUCAGCUGCUGGAGAAAAUGCUGUGGUUCAAAUGGUGGGAUCUCUGUACGACUCGAUUGAGAAUGAUUUCGGUUCACUGUCCACGAGACUCUACAGAGCGUUCAGGCCAAAACCUGAUAAGUCAACCACCACUUGGAAGUGGAGACAUCUUUGUUGUCUACCUUACAUCGUUAUAUUCGAGUUCUGCUUUUGCAGUCUACUUGUUGGUAUCUCUGUGCUCACCGUCUACCUCAUUGACCUCUCCACCAACAAGAAAAGGAUAGAAAAAGUCACGGCACACAUUAUCAUGAUAACAGUUGCCUUAAUACUAGCUGUCAGUAUAAUAGCGAACUUGUACACGUGGAAUCGAACAUUGCAAGCAUUAGUUUUCUCCCAAAGACGGCAUCUUCAACGUAGCAUAUCCAAGUUAGAGACCUUGAAAAGUGAAGGCUUCAUACAAACUCUGAGGAGCGAAGUUAGCUUAAUGACAGAAAUGGUGAAAUGUCUAGAUAGCUUCAUGGCUCAGCAGAGUAGAUUAGUAAUAAUCGUGGAUGGCUUGGACAGUUGCGAACAGGAUAAGGUGUUGUUAGUUUUGGAUGCUAUACAGGCAUUAUUCAGUGACAAUGGUUACCCGUUUGUCGUUAUAUUAGCUAUUGAUCCCCAUAUUAUUGCCAAGGCAGUGGAAGUCAAUAGUAGAAGAUUAUUUACGGAGUCGAAUAUUGGGGGUCACGACUACCUUCGCAAUAUGGUGCAUCUUCCAUUUUAUCUGCAAAAUAGUGGUUUAAGGAAGGUGAAAAUUGCUCAACAAACUGCCCAGCAUAGUAGAAAAACCACGUGGACCGAAGCCGAGGAAAGCGUUAACUAUACCGCCAGUAGUACAAUGCAUCAUUCUAUGUCGAAUAGAAGGCUUAGUACGGAGUCUGGCAUAAUGAACAGCAACGAGAAGCUAAAACCACAGAGCAGAAAAGGCAGUAGGAAAUUACGAUUGAGUGAGUCGAUCGCAAGCAGUAUUGGCAGCAAUUUGAAUCGAUUAGGUGGCGCACAGGAUCUCAAUAAGAUGCUCCUCACGGAUGAUUACUUUAGCGACGUGAACCCGCGUAGUAUGAGAAGAUUAAUGAACGUCGUUUAUGUCACUGGGAGAUUGUUGAAAGCAUUCCAAAUCGAUUUUAACUGGUACCACUUAGCCAGUUGGAUCAACAUUACAGAGCAAUGGCCGUUCAGAACGUCUUGGUUGAUCCUGCAUUACGACAUGUAUGAGGACAACUUGGACGACGGCAUGUCGUUGAAGAGUCUUUACGAUAAGAUACGGCCGCAGAUACCCGUACUUAAAGAAGUCCAGCCUCUUUUAGAGAUGGACAGAGAUGAGCGGAAGUUGGACAUUUUUCUAACUUUCCAUCGGUCUAGUUUAUUAGUCAGCGACAUGAAGAUAUUCUUGCCAUUCACGAUUAAUCUCGACCCUUACAUUAAGAAAAAGAUCAAGGAGGAGCAACAAACCAUCGAAGAGGAAGCAGGACUUGGAUAUAAACAGUACAAUCCUUGGGCCAUGCAUGGUGGCGCUCAAGAACCGUGGAACACGAGUAGGACUGGGAUAGCAAAUCGAAAUAUGAAAUUAACUAGGAUACCAAGUCUGCACGGACCUGGACCGGUUCCAUCGACAACAUCCUGGUGCAUGCAGCCGUCGUACGACUGGCAGACACCACCACCAUGGGUGCAAAUGCCUCAUAUGGAACCCGCAAUUAAACCACUUUCUGCGAUUACGACUCUACCGUCCGAAAUUUUGGAGAUUAGGCUAUCGGGUCUAACAGUAUCUGGCAUUUGCGACCUUAUCGAUAGAAUAGAGAGCCUGAAUCCCAAUCAGAUGUCACAGUACAAAAAUGUUAUCAAGGAAAAUAACAUUAAUGGCAGAGUUUUGCUGCACUGCGACUUACAAGAGUUGAAAAAGGUACUUAAAAUGGCUUUUGGAGAUUGGGAACUGUUUCGCAUGGUGAUCGCAUCACUUAGGGAGGUAGAGUUAUCAUCGUUCAACACAUACGAGGAAGGUCCCCGCAGUGUAAGAUUCACUGUAGGAUCAGAACAAAUUCAACGAAAAGAUCAUAAUUUACAAAGCUCAUCAAUGCGUGUACCGACUCACAGCGAGAAAGAAAAAGGCAACUCGAGAACCGAUGGUCCUCCUAGGCGAGACCAGACCAAGCAAUCCAUCAUGGAGAAACAAUACCAGGUAACUUUGGAAGAGCAAAUGAUUUGCGGAGCACUUCAAACGUUGAACGAAGAAGCUUGCGAGGAUGUUCUAGAUGUACCAUCUCCUGCAGUGGUACCAACAGACUCACUCCCAGGGUCCACCUCGGCUGCGGCCCAGGACACGGAUUACGUGAUCCUGCAGUCCAACCCCAUUCUUCACUGGGUACCUGUUAAUGACGAACCCGAAACAUCCGACGACAGCUCUCUAGAAUCAACGGUCCAUCUUCAGCGCACGAACUCGCAGCGUAGCAUCGCCUCUCAGCGCAGCAUAAAGUCGACUUGCUCAUUUGGACGCAGAGACUUGAGAAAAGAUGGAGGAAAUGCUACCAGCAGCAGACCAUCCUCUUUGUUCGUCUCUCCUCCUCCAUCUCCAAGACCUGCCUUCAGAUCCAAGUCUACGGAUGAGAAUUAUGUGGCAAAUAACAUACCUUUGAAACCGACACUCCCUACCUCCAUGAAGAAACGACGCUCUACGUCUACGUUGAACGAGGAAGUAGUUCUUUCGGUACCAGUUCCGAAUUCCAGCUUGGAGAAGCUGAGUAAGUUGAAAGACCGCCUCAUGGGGACGCUGCCUACUUCACCAGCACCGGGAGAGAGUGAAGACGAGUCUACACCGUUGGUUUCUGAACUGUCUACCCCGACACACUCACAGUCAGACAGCGUGUUCAAACAUGAUUACAGCGAGGAAAACAGUAGCUCGAUAUCUUCCAAUAAGAGUCUACCUCGCGACGGAGAACGGUCUAUAGACGUUGAUUAUUCUGAUACAGUGAGCUUAAUGGUGCGUGAAUCUUCGCACGUGCGGUUCCUACCCCGGCAAGAUGCUGAGGAGCGGGAGAACCCUGAGACACCUGUCUGAUAUCUUCUUUCGUUGCUACACCGUUAGCGAAUCUUUUGUGCGAUACGCAGAACACUGUACAAUUUUUAAUACUUUUUGGGAUCUCUAAUAUCGGCUGAGCGUUUCUGAGGAAGAUCCAUCAGUAGUGCCGAAUUCGUAGUUAGAAGUCACACGUUGAACAGUGUAAUGUACAAUAUGUACGAUAUGCGGUAGUUAUAAGUAAAACAGAAGUAUUCGGGGUUUGUGAUAACUUUUCAGCAGUAGGAUAAUGAUAAUGGUUUUAAUGCGCUUUGUAAAUAGUGAUUAGGGGAUCGGAUCAGCCUCGUUUUUUUUUUUGGGUGAGAAUGGUUUGGACGUGUUCAUGCAUUAGGAUAUGUAAGAAUUAGUUUUAGAUGAUGUGAGGGACGAGAGCAUGAUCGUGACGUUCGAUUUAUUUUAGAAUCUUGACAUUCCUUGAUUAUUGUUCAACGCAUUUAACGAUGCGCGUUUGUCAGUCCUCUUUUGAGGAGGAGUAAAAGUGGACGAAAUUUGUUCAAGUUAUAAAUUGCAGAUGAAACACAGUGUGGUGUAAUAGGUGGAAAUAAGUCGGUAUGUUGGGUUGCUAAGUUGGUUUUAUUAAUAUGUAACGCCUUACUUUUGUGUAUGUAGAUAUAGAGAGAGACGAGUACUGCCUCUAGAGGUCAGUGUUAACGAUUCGAAGUGACCUUGGAAUUGUUAGGCCUGUUAAAAUAUCCUGCUAUUCUGCAUGCAUUUUACGUGAUUAAGAUUAUUUGCAAAUUCGCGUAAGACGUAAUAAUUAUUAUUUCACUGUCUGUUUGGCAAUAACAGCAAAUGAAGACAUUAAGAAAGGGCAAUGACAUUAACUUUAAGUAGUUUUGAUGUACUUAAGCAACCAUGAAUUUAUUUCUCAUUUAUUAUCGGCCAAUUUUAGAAUCUAAUCUCCAAGAGCAAUCAUUAGUAUUUCAUUGAAACUUUGCAUUACUCGAAAUUUGUAGUCCACUAAAACGUUUCAUCCAUCUCCAAAGAGACUGAUGAAGGGCUGAGAAUAUCUUUUUUAUUUAUUAGUAAGAUUUGCAGAUCGUGAAAUUCGACAAUUUGUAAAUGCGGUUGACAGUGUAACUUGACACAGAUAAAUAAAUCUCGAAAUAUUUUAA